AUGAAUUUGGAUGUGGCCAAACCUGAAGCGAAGACUGGCAGCAAAGCUCCCCUCAGAGUCACCGGCCCUGCUUCUGGCCCAGCCAAGUUUAAACAGAGGAACAGCCGCCAGUUCAAGAGCAAGCCUCCCAAGAGGGGCGUCAUCGGUUUUGGAGAGGAGAUCCCGGGAAUGGAAGGGCUUCGCACAGACAUCACCGUAAUCUGCCCAUGGGAAGCUUACAGCCAUCUAGAGCUACAUGAACUAGCUCAGUAUGGUAUCAUCUGAGUCUCUCGGCUGAGAAAUUAUUUUUAUAUCUUCCAAAGGGAACCGAUGUGG